AUGACUAAGGUUUUGCUAGUUGUUUGUGUCGUAAAAAAGGGUUUGGUUGAAAGAAUUGUAAAGGACAGAAAAGGCACUACAAAUGAGCCGGCUCGAGACACGGGCCAGCAGGCCGCCCACACGGCGAAACAUGACAUUCUGGGCACUGCGCAUGCACUGCAGAAACAGCUGCAGGUCCUGCAAGAAUCAACAGAUUGUGACGAUGCGCAAGCAGGGCCAGGGUCGGAUGAAGCCCGAACUGUUGUAGAUGGGUUCGAGGUUUGUCGCGGUACUGUCGCAGAUCCGUCUCGCUUACGCCUAGUCACCCCAAAUGCGGUAAUCCAAGAUCUUAACACCCCGAUUUAA